ACAGAAUUUGUCCUUGUGGGAGCCGAGCCUGGAGGGGGUGGGGGAAUCGCAACAAAAAGUCUUCCUAUCUCCUCACGCCAAGUAAGGGGAAAGAAAAACAAGGAAACCACCACCCCCAGGUACCAGUGUCAUUGUGGAAACUGGUUUUGGGUUAAAUGGGAAGUGGGAUUUAUUCGUCUUUUUUGGGUUUGUGAGUACCCUUCAGACCACUUCCUGUUCUAGACCAUCUGAUAAUGGAGUAUUGAGCUUCUUUAGGUCCAUGGAAACUUUGGAUCAAGAUUAUUUUUUCUCAGCUCUGCUUAAUGGUACCUGAGAUAUCGGAUUAGCUUCUCUAGAAGACUUCAAAUGCUGUUGCAGCUUCACAAUCGGCUGUUCACCUAUCAGAUGCAGUAGAGUUUUGAAGAACAGAGUGCUGCAUAAUUCUAUUUGUCUCUAUAAUUCCAUUUAGUUUUUAUUUAGAUUGCAUUGAUGGGGACAGAACUUAUUAGAGCUUGUGUUAAGGAAGAGAAUCUUGAUGUUCCACCAGGGUUUGAGUCACUAACAUCUUUCACCUUGAAGCGGGUAGAAGACAAUGAAAUCACGACUCCUUGCUUGGCAUCCACGAGUGGUUCUGAAUCACAGUCGAUCAAGAUGGAAACUGAGUUUGACAUUAGUGAUGCUGCAAACAUAUCGAGGUCCCUUAGGCGUAGACCAUGGAUAAACUAUGGUCAAUUUGAUAAUAGUUCAGAUGAUGAGUCUGAUUCUGAACAUCUUAACCAAAAUCUUCCUUUCAGGCGGCCUUGUCUUCCCAAAGGGGUUAUCCGUGGAUGUUUAGAGUGCAUUCACUGCCAGAAGGUUACUGCAAGAUGGUGUCCAGAAGAUGCUUGUAGACCUGAUCUUGAGGAGGCUCCUGUAUUCUACCCAAGUGAAGAGGAGUUUGAAGACACUUUAAAAUACAUAGCAAGCAUACGAUCAAGAGCAGAACCAUAUGGAAUUUGCCGAAUUGUUCCUCCAUCCUCUUGGAAGCCUCCCUGUCCUCUCAAGGAGAAAAACAUUUGGGAGGGUUCUAAGUUUGCUACAAGAAUACAGAGGGUGGACAAACUUCAGAACCGGGAUUCAAUGAGAAAGAUGCCGAGGGUCCAAAACCAAACAAGGAGGAAAAGGCGAAGAUGUAUGGGAACAGGGAUAGAUUUUGGACCUGGCACUGAAGAUGUCUUGGGCACUGCAGAUGUCUUGGGCCUUGGUCAAGUUGGAUCAUGUGAUGGGGAGACUUUUGGGUUUGAACCUGGUCCAGAGUUUACAUUGGAUGCAUUUCAGAAAUAUGCAGAUGAUUUCAGGGCUCAGUACUUCAGCAAGAAUGGAAAUGCUACUGAUUUGAGAGGUAACAUGACUAUAUCUCAGGAGCUGCGGGAACCAUCAGUGGAGAAUAUUGAGGGUGAAUAUUGGCGGAUUGUAGAGAAACCUACUGAAGAAAUUGAGGUGCUUUAUGGGGCUGACCUGGAAACUGGGGAUUUUGGCAGUGGGUUUCCCAAAGUUUCUAAUCCUGUUGGUUCUACCUCAGAUGAACGAUAUACAAAGUCAGGCUGGAACUUGAAUAACUUUCCUAGGCUACCUGGCUCUGUUCUCGCUUUUGAAAGUGGUGAUAUAUCUGGAGUAUUGGUACCAUGGUUGUAUAUAGGAAUGUGCUUUUCCUCGUUCUGUUGGCAUGUUGAAGAUCAUCACUUAUAUUCGUUGAACUACAUGCACUGGGGUGCUCCAAAAAUUUGGUAUGGUGUCCCAGGGCAAGAUGCCCUUAAAUUGGAGGCUGCUAUGCGAAAGCGUUUACCGGAUCUAUUUGAGGAACAACCUGAUUUACUUCAUAAGCUGGUCACCCAACUUUCGCCCUCCAUUGUGAAAUUUGAGGGGGUACCUGUCUAUCGUUGCGUUCAGAAUCCUGGAGAGUUUGUUCUGACUUUUCCUCGAGCUUACCAUUCAGGGUUCAACUGUGGCUUCAAUUGUGCUGAGGCUGUAAAUGUAGCUCCUGUUGACUGGUUGCCCCAUGGACAGAAUGCCAUAGAACUUUAUCGUGAGCAGGGACGGAAGACAUCCAUUUCCCAUGAUAAACUGUUGCUUGGGGCAGCGAGGGAAGCGGUGAGAGCUAAUUGGGAACUUAAUUUAUUGAAGAAGAAUACUUUGGAUAACUUAAGAUGGAAACAGGUCUGUGGAAAGGAUGGAAUCUUAGCAAAAACGCUCAAGGCACGUGUUGAGACAGAGCAUACGAGGAGGGAAUAUCUUUGCGGUUCUUCACGGGCAUUGAAGAUGGAGGCUAAUUUUGAUGCCAUCAACGAGAGGGAAUGCAUUGUAUGCCUCUUUGAUUUGCAUCUGUCAGCAGCAGGUUGUCACUGUUCUCCAGAUAGAUAUGCAUGCCUAAAUCAUGCAAAGCAGUUGUGUUCUUGUGCUUGGAAUACCAAAUUUUUCCUCUUUCGUUAUGACAUCAGUGAAUUAAAUAUCCUUGUUGAAGCUUUGGAAGGAAAAUUAAGUGCAGUUUACAGAUGGGCAAGACUAGAUCUUGGUCUAGCCCUGAGUUCUUACAUUUCCAAAGACAAUUUGCAAAUUCCUGGGCUUAUUGGUAAAUUAUCUCAGUCCUCGGAAGGAACAGUACUGAAUGAGCAGAAUUCUAAACCUGUAUCAUCCUUAAAAAAGGUAGGAGGGGCAGAAAAUGCUACUGGUAUCCCACUUAAUUCAACAGGGAACAUUGGUGAGACCUUGUUGCCACAGAAGGAGAAGCCAUCCAAAGCUUUAUUGGAUUUGGAAGGCAGGAAGGUUCCCAGUUCAAGAAACCGAAUGGGAAAUCAGAGGUUUCAGUUCACGAAGGAAGAAUCUGUACUUUCAGCUCCUAGUUUAGGAACCCCAGUUUGUCAUCCCUCUCAAGAAGACAUGUAUAAUACUGAAAACUUGGCUUCAGUGAAAUCUGAAUUGGAGAGGAAUACGUUUCCAGGGCAUGGUAAUGUUAUACUUCUCAGUGACGAUGAGGGUGAGGAGCUGAAGAAGCCAGUUCUAGAUAUUGCUAAAGAAACUCCUUUUGCUAAGCAUUCAGAAUUUUUUGAGAGGCUAACAGAUUCUGAUGCUAAAGUGAAUACCUGUAAUUAUGUUAAAGAUUCAGUUUUAACCACCCCCGCAACUAAUGCUGCAGUAUUGGGUGAAAGAAAUGCUAUUUCCUUACUUCAUGGUGAAAUGAAGAAUUGUUCAUCUUUCUCCAUGUUUGCAAAAGAUGAAGACCAUGGAAAAGGUGGAAUGCUCCUUGGAUCGAAUCCACUGAACUGUUCUUUUCAUGUAGGUUCUACUAGUAUAGAUUCUGACAGAAAUGCUCUGUACUUGUCGACUACAAGAGAGAACAGUGAUUUUAAUGUGGUAAAUGCUGGAAGUUACCUUCAGCAUCCGCUGCCACAUGUUGGCGGAAAACCUAAUGGUGAGGAUAACAAUGACAAGGUAGGACCUGCUGCUGGCCCAAAGUUAAUAGACAAUGCUAGAACCAUUGCAGGAAACCCAUCUUGCAGUCAAAACAAUUUGGAUAGAUAUUUCCGCCAGAAGGGACCUCGCAUUGCAAAGGUUGUGCGAAGGAUCAACUGCAUAGUUGAGCCUCUGGAAUUUGGAGUUGUGAUUUCUGGAAAGUUGUGGUGCAACAGGCAGGCAAUUUUUCCCAAGGGGUUUCGAAGUCGGGUUAAAUACAUAAGUGUUUUGGAUCCAACAAAUAUGUCUUACUAUGUCUCAGAAAUUCUGGAUGCAGGAUUAGCUGGACCUCUGUUUAUGGUUUCCUUGGAGCAUUAUCCAAGUGAGGUAUUCGUCCAUGUUUCUGCUGCCAGAUGCUGGGAAAUGGUGAGAGAGAGAGUCAAUCAAGAGAUCACGAAGCAACAUAAGUUGGGAAGAAUGCCACUUCCUCCUUUGCAGCCUCCCGGGAGUCUUGAUGGCCUAGAAAUGUUUGGUUUUUCUUCACCCACAAUCAUGCAGGCUGUAGAGGCAAUGGACCGAAAUCGAGUCUGUACAGAGUACUGGAACUCUCGUCCCUUGAUUGCACAACAUUCUCAAUUAGAAGGUAGUGUUGGAAACCUCCAUCGGAUGCCUGAGGAACAAAAUUAUCAGUAUGGCCAGAGUAACCAUCCGUUUCCGGUUGGAGUUGACACAAUACUGAGGGGCCUAUUCAUGAAAGCAAACCCUGAAGAAUUACACUCACUGUAUAGCAUUUUAAAUGACAACAGUAGGCCAACUGGUGAUGGUGGGCUGGUGACUCGGCUUCUGAGUGAAGAGAUUCACAAGCGGCCUAGGUGAAUGGCAGUGAGUAAUCUGUAAAUUCUUCAACCUGGUAAAUUUGGAAGUUGAUGGCAGUGAAGUGAAGAAGCUGGAAAGUGAAUCCAGUGGAUGCCCCUGUUUUAGUUAGUGGGUAUGGUAUCCACAUUCUUAGAGCAAAAGAGAGUGGGGGUAACAAAAUGAUGCAAUACCACAUCUACCGAUUUUUUUGUUCAUUCAACUUGUAUGAGGUUUAGUGUUGCUUAAGCGUUAAUAACAUGAAAUGAAAUGGGUUAUACAGGUGGAUGAUACUGAUUGACCUUAUUUUUGACAAUAAUACAGCAUUCACUAAAA